ACUAAAGAGAUUGAGUUGGAUUUGGAAAGUGAAAAUGAAGAAGAUACGGAAUCUACAUUUACGUUAGAAAUUGAGUUUUUAUCUUUUAAAAUAUUUGAUUUUAGGUGGUUUGAGCUUUAUAGCAAAGUGAAUGGGUUUGCAUUUUGUGUAACUCAUAGUGAUAUUGACAAAGAUGAUCAGCAGCCAUGGCCCGUAGUGAUUAUUGAGGUUUUGCAACAGAAGUAUCCUGGGAAAUAUAUUCAUGCUCGUAAUGUGUAUAACUUGAUACAAAUGAUUCGGUAUAAGAAACGUGUAGCAGGUGAUGCAGGUAGUACAUAUCUGGAGUUAAUUAAAAAGCAACAUGAUGAACCCGACAGACAAUCACUUCGUUGGUCUUUUCUGGAUGCAACCAAGUCAGAUUCAAUUGUGGGACAGACUAAUCGUUAUUUGAUGAAGCUUUGCGUUGUGAUAGUAAUUGAUAAUCAUAAUUGUUCACGUUUAGUAGCAACUGCAGUUAUUUCAGAUGAGGUGAAAGAGACUUUUUCAUGGGUUUUGGAAAAUUUAGCUAAAGCAUCAAAUGGUUUGGCGCCAAAACUAUUAUUUACAGAUGCUGAUUGUGGAAUGGUGGCCACUAUAAAUGAAACAUUACCAAGUGUUCAAACUAUGCAAUGGGUCGAAUCUUACAAUAGCAUUAUCAAAAAACACUUCAAUGGUGCUUCGUCUCUGUUCGAAUUAAGUAAAACUAUUGAUAAAUUGCUCAUUAAAGAGGUUUGUAAAGCAAACAUUGAUAUUGCAAGAGAGCCAGCAAUAUCAACAAUAUCAACAAUAUCUAAAAUGGAGAUGGAGCUUACAAUAGCAAGCGGUUAUAAUGUUUUAAAUGAUGAUGCAGUUGAAUUUGCAACUAAAAUUAACAAUCCGGUCAGCAUCAAGUCAAAGGGCCGAAAACCCAAAAAUGGAAGGGCAAUGGCAUUUAAUGAUAAUCAAGAUUAUAACGAUUAUGAAAAUAUUGAAGAAUUUUCAUUAUCGGUUACAAGACACAAUGCUGAAAGCUUAGUUAGAAUAGCUGACAAGGACGUUAUCAUUACUACCCAUGAUAGCAAGUUUCGCCACUGUG